UGAUCAAACGUCAGCCGUUGGAUCCGUGCUAAAACCCCUUUCGAAGCCCUGUGGAAUUGGAACACUUGGGAGCAAAAUGGAGGCGUCGAAGCUUCUGAAGGAGAAGAGGUUCUGGUUCGCUUCCGUUCUCAUCGCUUGGGCUGCUGGUCUUCAGGGGCAUAUGAUGUGGAUGCAGAGGCAGGACUCGUUCAAGCAAAAAUUUGGGGAUCUGAACCAGAGCAAGGAUGCAGAUGGGGAUUUGAAUGCUGAUGUUUGAAUUUAUCACACUGUUAUUCUUACAAUAAGUGAUCAGGUUAUGUGGAUGGCCCAAACUUGGAAAUUGUGAAAACCCUGCUUUGUUCAAGAGAAAACAGCAGUUUAAUUCUCACCAGGUGGUUAAAGCGCCGAAAAUAAACAGGAACCAUUAUAAUUAAUGUAAAACAUUUUAUGGAAACACUUAUGAAUCAGUCCCUGGCUUAUCAUCUGUUGGAAAUUGGGAUAUAUGUUCUGCGAAGAAGAUGUUCUCAAAAUGACAGGUUUUGAUGUUCAGAAUAAUGAUAUUAAUGUGAUUCAUCCAAUUGAUGUUUUCAAGUCAGAGUUUAAGACACCUUAUUCUUUUCUCAUUUUCGAUUUUGGAUUUGUACAAUGGCAACUGACGAAGCCACAUUUGAUUAACCUAUUAGGAUGCACUAAGUCAUCUUGUUUUUAAGGCAAGUAUUCUAUUAAACUAAAGAUGCCUUCGAGUUUCUUUUUUACUUACGUAAUCAUGGAUGCUUAGUAAACAAGGAUCAGGCUACCUGUUCUCAUUUGAAUUGGUACACAUAGAUGACAGAUUGAUAGUUUUCUAAUCUCGGAUUAAACCAAUGAUACACUGUUAAGACUGAUCAUCACCAUUGAACACCUCUCUAGAAGUGUGGCUAUUUGGAAAACCAGAAGCUGCAAGGAUCAAAGCUGACUUCUUUGCUUUGUUCCUUCAAAUGCAUUGCUUGCUUAAUGUAUUAGUUUAAUACUUUCGACGAAUAGGAGUACAUCAGUAUCUACAUUGAGUAUAGUUUUUUAUGUGAAUAAUAAAAUAGUUUAAUUCAAUAGGAAGUACAAAGUCUGAAAAAUGUGGAAAGAGACUGCAACAGUCAUUCUCAGCUUACAUGAGUUAGCCAAUAGGCGUGCAAGUUUUUUAAGCUGGUUUCCUUGGCCAUUGCACCAAUUCAAAGAUCAUUUUGUGACCUUUCAUGAUUAGAGCUUGAGUAUUGAGACUAAAAAGUGUGUGGCAGUGAAUCACAAAGGCAUUCUGGUAUUAAAAGUAAAUUGCAAUUUGAUAUCAAUUAUGAAUUAAAAAAUAAACUUGUGUUAUGUCACUGUUAGCUGUACGUGCCCAAUUAAUUACUCCUCUGCUUGAAAUCUUUGGAGCUAAAUCAAAUAACACGCGCAGACAUAAAAAAAAUUCCUUGAAGAUUCCUUACUCUGUAUGAAGUUCAAAUUUUGAUUUUUGGUGGGUUCUAUUAAAUAUAAUAGAUUUUAUAGUUAUUUAUAGAGGCGUGCUCUCAUCUGCCUUAUUAAUUUCCAUCCUUCAAGUCCAAAGUCCAAACCAAGUCAUUUUCAAAGAUUUAAAUAAAAAAAUUUAAAAAUCUAAACCUGCUUUUAAUAUAAUGUUAGUACCAUAACCACACUCCACCCACACUGAAUCCAUAAGCAAGGUAGUUUCUACAUCAUACAAUGUCAAACUUACCCUUCUAAUUGUUCAAUUUUAUGUUGCUAUCAUGAUUCAAUAAACAUAGUCCGUGUGAUGUUCAUUUACUGUAGAUUUUAAAUACCAAUCCACUACUAAUUCAAUUUUUUAAGCAAAACCAUUGCAGUGGAUAUAUAUAUAAAAACACAACACAGUGUGUACAAAUACGGAGCUAAUACAAGAUCUCGUAUAAAUUAAGUGAGCAUAGAGAGAUGUACUAGCUAACCACUUGGAACUUGAAUGACUUGCAAGACUUGCAGAGCAUUGCAAGAUGUGUUACUUUGUCAAACUUUGGUGGGUUAGGUCUUAAUUAAUCACUCUUUGCAUAAUCUACAACUGUUCUUCCCUUCAUCUUCCACACCUUCCCCACUUUCUUGUUCCAACGCUUGCACUGUAUACAUAACAAUUGUUAUUAUUUAUUAUUUCAAAUAAAAACAUGCAAAAAAGUCCAUGUAUUAUCAGUGCAACAGUCUCUUAAUACUCUCAAGUCUAAAAACUUGAAGAACCAUCAACAAGUACAUGCAUACGUAUAUAUAUUUCUUGUUUCACUCCAAGCUUGCAAGAUUACAAGUAGGAUAGGCAGUACUUGAUCAACAAACAAACAAACAUGCAUGAUGCAUCUCUUUCACAUUUGUUUUCAAGAGCAGUGAAACUAGACAGGCAAGUAGACUUUCAUAAAUUUCAACUAAACUCAAAAUGACUUCUUGUGCUCUAACAUCUCAAGGGCAUUUUGGUCAAUGCAUUUUCUGAGAAGUCUAUAUAAUGGCAAUUGACAACCCUAAUGCUUCAACGUCCAAAUUAACUGCAUCUCUUUGUCUCUGUUUUUCUCUUCUUGUUCUUUCAAUG